AUGUGGGGUACUCUUCUGCUCCUCUAUUUCGUCGCAGGCAGUUAUCAAAUAUCCAUAUCGGAAUUUUCAGUACCACAAUCAAUAGAGUUCGGAGAAAACGCCACCUUAAAAUGUUUGUAUGAGCUAUCUCCAGAAGAAAAUGAUAAGGCACUUUUUGUAAAAUGGUGGUGGACUCCAAUAAAUGGCACAAGCGACAUUCGCCACCAACUUUAUCAAAGGAUAGCCGGACAUUCCCCAGAAGUUAUACGCAAGGAUAUCAUUAUAAAUGAAAAUGAUGGUAUUUCGCUAGAAAAUGUAACGGCUGAAGACUCUGGCAUUUACGAGUGCGAAGUUUCUAACAUUGACGAGGUUCGCAAACAUGGCGAGCUUAUUGUUUAUAAAUUGGGUGAGGGUCCAGAGCUAAAUAUCACUCUCAAUGUAACGGCCGACGGGCCCGAUGAAGAUUCCGAGGAAGACGUGUCAGUGUUGGUGACGUGCACCGCGAGCGACGUCGCGCCCGAGCCUAACCUCAUCAUCACUGUUAACGGCAAUGAAGUUGAAACAGAGAAAAUGAUAGAGCCUUCCUCAGAAAACACCUACGGUAUAUUGGAAACUGCGAUUCUUACUAAACAAAAUGCCGACGGAGCAGAUAUAGUCUGUCAACUCGUCAUCGAACCAGUAAACGUCACGCAUCCUCACGUCGGCGCGCAAACCUUCUACUUCAAUCCGACAGCGCAGACCACUACGGAGGAUGCCGAAGACCUCUCUACUACAGAAGCUUCUUCAGAUCCGUUACAAUAUACUAGUGAUGCCAGCUUCGUACCUUCCUCCUGUGCUCUUCUAGUCAUCGCAACGUUCCUGGUCCGUCUUGCCGUAAAU